AUGGAUGUAGACUCUGUUGACUCGACACGGUCCGACUCCGUUGACCGUCAUGCCGUCGACAGCGACGUCGGCGGUUCCCAGUACGACGGCAAGGGCGUCAAACGCAUCCGCCCACCGCCCGUAACCAAGCUCAUCAGGUGGAACGACUUGCAAAAUUGGUAUUCGCGCAAAGAUACCCCACUACUUACCUUGCCGCCAGAGCUGCUUGAUAGAAUCUUCUCCCUAGAGACAGGAUUAGCGGUUCGCGAUUACGUCGCGCUUGCCGGUGUGAACCGAAUGUUCCGACGUUUGUUCGACGACGCCGUGUUCAAGGAGAUCUGCCUUCAUCGUUUGUCUUCUGACAAGCCCGCCAAUCCUCUUACUGCCAACCCACCGAGUGGCGUUCCAUUUACGAGCCAGAUCUUCAGCCGUGACGUGCCCGAGUGGAAGAUAUCCAAUACCACAACGAGCCUCCUUGACAUUCCGUCUAACACGUAUACGCCCCGUGGGAAACGUAAAGACUGGUCAAGGGCGCAAUACGCAGUCUAUCGGCAGGAGCGUGACAUCCACCUCAUGAAACACCGCCUAGAUCGCUACAAAGCAGGGUGCCAAGCCAGCGAGAAGCGCAAGGCGACUUCUGGCAAGCCGAUCGAGCACCCUCCUGUGAAGGAUGGGACGGCAACCCGGCAGGUCAUCGGGGUUGUUCGUGGCUGCAGGCCUGGUGAGAGACCAUUUGGUCCCAAGGGCGAGGCGACCGACCAGCAGAUUGCGCGUUACGACCACUCGACAUAUGAGCAACGUGUCCUGGGUGUGCACGAGUGGUCGGAGAACAGGCUUGUCGAGCUCGAGGCUGAGCUCAAGGCGUUGAUACACGAGGCCGAGCAUCCGGCUGAGCAUCCGGGUUCAGAGGACGAGGAUGAGCGUUGUGAACCGUGGUCGGUGCCUUCGACGCCAGAGUCUGUUGACCCGAGCGAGGACAAGAUGUUCGCUUUCGAGCCGUCUGACUGGGGCGAGGACGGGUACAGGGUCAUUCACGACUUCUGGCCAAGUCCAUACCGGAAUAAGGCGGCGGCAUCGCUGUACGAGAGGCGCAUCAAUAAGACUGUAGGCUUGUCUUUUGUCAAGUGCUCAUGGCAGACGGCCAACGACCUAUACAAGCUCACGGAUGCCGAGUUGGCUACGCUCAAGCAUGUACUUGCGGCGAACCCCUUGAAUAAGGCAACUCCGCGCCGUUUAUUCCUAGAGACUGCCGUCGAGGCGCUCGCAUAUCGAGCUCAUGGCGGGCCUGUUGGCCAUGCAAACUACCAGUAUGCCUAG